GUGCCCCAACCAAGAUGGCCGACGGAGUACUUCCGGAAUCCUGUAAGACUCGUUUUCUGGGCUGAUUUCCUCGUUCCCGUCUUACUCUGUCCUCGUUUAUCAUUAAACAUGGCGCAGGGGGCCCCGAAACUCAAAGCUAAGGCCAAGAAGGACACCAGCAAGAAGCCGACUGCCAUCAGAAAGGGAGGCCGAGUCAUCGCCCCGAAGAAGGCUCGAGUGAUCCACCAGCAGAAGCUGAAAGUGAACCUGGAAGUUCAGAUCCGCAGCAAGAUCGAGCACGAGGUCACCAUGAAGGCCAGCGCCAACAUGCCCAAGCGACUCGCGCUCCUCAAGGCGCCGCCGCAGGACAAGAAGAAGGGCCCUCCGGCGUCGGGCAGCAAGACGCGCGGGAAGAAGUGAAGCCGCCAUGUUUACUCUCCAUUCAAUAAAUAUUUUUGGACUCUC